CUAUUUCUGAUCAGAGAAUGGUAUUGCUAUUAGCAAGAAGAUUUAAACACCUACACCACUUCUGAGGGAAAACAUUUGAAGAGAUUGCUACAUAUAUUCUUUACAAGAGUCUAAAAUUGUCUCUAGGUCUGCAAAAGCUGCUUUUUAAAACUAUUGUGAAAUUAAGUUAUUGGUAACUGCUAGCAUGACACACACACCUCCCUGUAAUGUGACCUUGCUAGAUUCAUGAACAGGUGAACCCAACCCUAGUGCAUUUAUCUCUGACUAAUCGCAAAACUCCACUGCAACUCCACUGGUUACCAUAGAGACAUCUCAGUGUUUCACCCUGCCCUCAAUGGAGUGUAUUCCAGAAUCUGAAUAAACAGGAACAUGCUACGACAGUGUAUCUGUUACUCGGAACUACCUGCAGGUACAAGUGCCACCGUGUUUCAUAGGUUAGAGAAGGGUAAAUCUUCAGCUGAGCAGAAAGAGUGAGAAGCCAUAAUGGAUGGAACACAACUUGCGUGUGUCAAGCUCCUUUUGAUUUAUCAUAUAGUAGUGAAGUUUUCUGUUCAGGCUGCAGAUCAACCUCCCCCUGUGAACGAAGACAUGCAAACAGAAGCAACAUCCAAUGAAUCUGGAAAUACAACCAUAUCUAGAAGCAUUGUAAUGUCCACCAUUUCAGAUAAAGAAGCAGUUAAUACAACCACAGUGCAGAAUAUAAAUGCCAGUUGGAAUACAAUUACUGUGCCAGCAAAGAUAACUAGUUCAUUGGCUUUAACAACUUUGUCACAUUUUGUACGAAGCACUCUACAUCCCCCCAACACAGACAAUAGCAGCCCUUCAGAUAUUGCUAUUAGAUUCAACACUGUUGUGACAUCACCUACAGUUUCAACCUUUAAUCAAGCAACUGAUAAAGAUUCUAAUCCCAGAAUGUCCUCAGUCACAUUGAAACCAACAGCUCAGUCUUCUACGGCCACACAACUACAUACUAGCAAAGCUUUGGAUUCAGUUCCUAUAACACAGGCUUCAGGAGGAAUUCAUCUAAGGAAUUCAGAGGCCAUUCUGAUCAUUAUUUUCAGCAGCAUCCUCACAUUUGCUGUUCUAGCAAUUGUCAUAUGCAGUCUUGAUAAGUACAGGAAGAGAAGAGCUCAGUAUUCCCAUCACCCACUAUAUGACACCUCUUCUGAAACAGCUGACAUAUACACUACUCCAGACGACACACUGAUGAUAUCAGGAGGACUAUAUGAUGCACCAAGGAUUUAUAACCCCAAUAUGACUGUAUUGGACGAUGAUGAGCUUCAAGCUGAAUACUUACCAUUUGGCUCCAGACCUGGAAAAUUCAGACUUGAAAUUUUAUCUGGUGAAAAUGAAAAAGGACUUUCCCCAACCUUUGAUAGAUUUCAGCCACCACCACAACACUCAUAAUGUAGUAAUAAUGCCAGUAGUAUAAAGCACUCUCUUUAAUUCGUUGUAACAUUUGUUUUUAAGUAGCAUUUUAUUACAAUAUUAAUAAUUAUACUAGCUCUUAAUCAAUAGACCGUAAUGCACUUCACAAAGGAGGCAAGUACUGUUAUCCCCAUUUUAAUGAUGGGGAAACAAUCACAGAGAGGUGAAGUGACUCACCCAAGGUCACUUAGCAGGACUGUGGCAGAGCAGGAAUAAGUCCCAGGUCUCCUGAGUCCCAGUCUACUGCUCCAUACUCUGUGUAUGCCACUCUUCCCCACAGCUUCAGUUUCAUGCCCAAUAUACUGAUUAAUAUAAUGCUACUUGUAUAUGUUCGGUUAUACAUGCUCAGUUAUACUGAAGAUAUAAUUUAUUUCUCAUAGGAAGUCUCAUUGCAACACUGGAUUAAGCCUUUCAGCUAAGCAGGCAAGCAUUCACAUUCCUGGUAUGCAGGGAUAUAGCAAAAACAUGAAAAUGAUUAGUAAAGGUUAAACAUGGAUUUUAAAUCUUAAUCUUACUGCUGCAAAAUUUUGAAAUGCAUGGAUUUAUAACUGGGUCAUAAAAGAGACGGGCCAACCACUAUUCUUCGUUCCCUAGCAAGCUCAGUGAGUAAUUAAGGUUUACAUUUUAAAAUGGUCUCUGAAUUUAGGUACCACUGUUGUUGAACAGAACAAAAAUGGCAGCACUCAAAACUUGAAAUUGACUGUUUUGAAAUGAAAUGGUAAUUAAUAGAUACUUGGAGCCCUGGGUGAAAUCUGGGCCUCAUUAAAGUCAAUGGCAAAACUAAUAGGGCCAGGAUUUCACAUCUUAUAUUUAAGAGGGAGGAAUUAAUUUUUUGUUGCAAAGCAGCUACAGAUGUAUCAAUAGUAAUAUCCAUAUCCAUAGGUGGUUUUGACUGUCAACAAACUAAGUGAUUGCAGGGGAAUAGUUGAUUUUGAGUCACAGCCCACAUACAUGGUUCUAAAAAAGUAAUUAAUGUAUUUGGCAAAGGUUAACACAGAGAGUUUUACAGUAUUUAGAGAGAAUAGUCUCUGGUAAACUGCUGUUGUCUGUGUUAUAAGAGGGUCUGUGCAUUGCCUUCUAAUAUAUCUGUUAAAAAAUAUACAUACUGAAAAAAACUAGAAUAGAACACAAUAUUCUGUGUUUGUGUCAAGUCACUACUUUCCUGUAAAAAAAAGAACCUGUCUACAAAUGAUCCUGACUACUCAGAAGCUGCGACACCCCCUAUAUUCCAGUCACAAUAUUCUGAAGAUAUUUUGUACAUCUUUUAAAUCCCCUCUGUUAAAUGUUUAUCUGCUUUAGCUAUAUGCACUGGAACAGUUAUAAUGACGUAAGCGUCAUUGCUCAAUAGCCAAUAUAUCAGGACCAAAGUUUGUAGCUUAACUUCUAGACACAGAGUGAAAUCAUGAUCCCAGUGAAGUCAAUGGGAGUUUUGAUUAACUGCAGACAACAGCAGCAUCUUCCUUGCCACUCAGGCCCAUGACCCAUGUGUUGUAUUUGAUUCAAACCUGUCUCUAGGUCCUCACAACCAGGCUAUGUCUAAAACUUGCAGAUUCUUUCUGCAUAAUAUCUCUAAGAGCAAGUCUACACUGGCAACGCUGAAGCGCUUCCACAGCAGUGCUUUAACGUGGCUUGUAUGGGCACAGCACAGCGCUGGGAGAGAGCUCUCCCGCAGUGCUCUAAAAAAUCACCUCCACGAGACCUGAGCGAGAAAGUUGCAACGCUGUAAAUUGCCAGUGUAGAAAAGCCAUAAGACACAGACUUUCCUAUCCACCUUCAAGGCUAAAACUCUGGUCUCGGCUCUCAUCAUCUUCCAUCACAAUUAUUGCAAGAGCCUUCUCUCUGGCCUUGCCCUGCUCAUAUGCAUUCAGAAUGCUUCUACCAAUAUCAUUUUCCUAGCCCUUCACUUUCACCAUGUCAACUCUCUCUUUGCAUCCCUCCAUUGGCUUCUCCUCCUCUACAGCAUCAAAGAAAGGCUACUUAUCUACACUUCACAGCCUAUCACCACCCUACAAGGGAAGUGGCAAAGUCUACAGAUGAUACAAAAUUACUCAAGAUAGUGAAGUCCAAAGCUGACUGCAAAGAAUUACAAAGGGAUCUCAUACGCCUGGGUGCCUGGACAACAAAAUGGCAGAUGAAAUUCAGUGUUGAUAAAUGCAAAUAAAUGCACAUUGGAAAACAUAAUCCUCACAAAAGCUUAUGCUCAAAUAAAUUUGUUAGUCUCUAAUGUGCCACAAGUACUCCUUUUCAUAAUCCCAAAUAUACAUACAAAAUGAUGGGUUCUAAACUAGCUGUUACCACUCAAGAAAGACAUCUUGGAGUCAUUGUGGAUAGUUUCCUGAAGCCAUUUGUUUGAUGUGCAGCAGUCAAAAAAGCUAACACUGUUAGGAAUCAUUAGGAAAGGGAUAGAUAGUAAGACAGAAAAUAUCAAUGCCACAAUAUCAUAAUGCCACCCAUACCUUAAAUACUGCAUGCAGUUCUGGUCAUCCCAUCUCAAAAAAGAUAUAUUAGAAUUGGGAAAAGUACAAAGAAGGGCAACAAAAAUUAUUAGGGGUAUGGAUCUGCCAUCUGAGAAGAGACUCAAAAGACUGGGACUGUUCAGCUUGUAAAAGAGAUGACUAAAGGAGGAUAUGAUAGAAGUCUAUAAAAUCAUGAAUGGUAUGCAGAAAGUGAAUAAGGAAGUGUUAUUUACUCCUUCACAUAACACAAGAAUCAAGGGUCAACACAAGAACCAGGCAACAGGUUUUAAAAAAACAUAAAGAAGUACUUCUUCACACACUGCACAGUCAGUGUGUGGAACUUGUUACCAAGGGAUGCUGUGAAGGCCAAAAGUACAGCUGGGUUCAAAAAAGAAUUAGAUAAAUUCAUGGAGGAUAGGUUCAUCAAUGGUUAUUAACCAAGAUGUUCAGGAACUCAGCCCCAUGCUCUGGGUGUCCCUAAACCUUUAAUUGCUAGAAGCUAAGAUUGGACAACAGGGGAUGGAUCACUCAGUCAACUGCUCUGCCUUGUUCACUCUCUCUGAAGCAUCUGGCACUGGCCACUGUCAGAAGACAGAAUACUGAGCUAAAAUGGACCAUUGGUGUGACCCAGUAUGACGAUUUUUACGUACUUAUCUCUCAUUCACUGUUGAGAUAUUGGUUCCUGCCUCUGAUCAGCCUAUGAUACCAGCCUCCAUACCACACUUGUUAAAUUUUCAAACAAGCACCUCUAUGCUUUCUCCCAUUCUGCUCCUCAGUUGGGGGGGGAGCUCCCCAUAAACAUCCAC